CUUCCUUCGAUCUCUGUGCCCUAUCCAAAGUCCUCGAGAAGAAUAAACUCUCUCAUAGUGAUAAAAAAUAAAUCAUGAAUAGAAUUCCACGUAUGAAUAUCGUCAUACCGAUUUCGGAUUCGGUCAACAACGUAUGGUAAACUUGACUCGUUGCCAUUUCUAAAGUGAGUAGUGAGGUGUUGUACGGGGAAUAUAUUUUGGCGGGAAUUCGCGUCAGGACACGUGGGAGAGCUAGCCGAUAGAGCACGGACAUCCAGACUCGAGCCAAACAACUAGAAGGAGUUUGAGAACCAAAAUCUCGUACACAAAACACAGCCAUGGGUGUCUUAGGGAUUGCUAUGUCAACGGCUAGUUCCCAGUUGCUUGGGUUUGCUUGGUAUGGACCUCUCUUUGGCUCGAUGUGGUGCAGGAACAGCGGAAGAAGACGAGAGGACAUCGAACGAUCUAGUAAAAGCAAAUGGAUCAUGGUGGUUCCUUUGCUUUCCAAGUUAGGAUCAUCGAUCCUUAUUGCACAUCUGCUUAAGGACCACAUAGGUGUCAAGACCGUAUACGAUGCCUGUAGGAAUGGUCUUGCCUUUUCGGCCGUCAUCGUCCUCUACAACGCCUCCCAUUCUCCUUUCCAGGGGGAGGGGCUUCCAGCCUAUUUGAUCAAUGCAGGGUACGAUGCAAUCUGUACCGUCAUGACAGCCGCCUUGGUCACUCGUUAUUAAAAUGGGUUUCGAAAUCGAAACAAGCUUCGAAAGCACAACCAGCAUCUACAGAGAAGUUUCAACUUUUAAAUCCAAUCUUCGGCAAUUAAAUACUCUCGGAAACAAUAUCCAUCUAAUCUUUUAUUGUUAAAUGAAGAA